CUUGACCUUGAUCCCAAAGCAGCAAUUUUUUAGCAAUCAUUGACUUUUAAAGGAUUAGAACCCCAAUCAGCUGCAGUCAAGAGGAUGGCUGCAGAAUCAAGGGACAGUUGCUUAUUGGCUUCUGACAUUGUAUUAAAUCAUUUUUAUUCGCUAUCGAGAGUUUUACUAACUGUUCGCCGUGCCAACAUAUGCUGAUAGGACUCCAGAUGACUGUAGGCAACUGCAUGGGGCCUGGCAUGAUGGUAAAACGUUCUGAUAUGAUUAUGUACCUCCACGACCAUGUUCUCCACGACAUCUUCAUCCUGUCAUUCAAAAGUUUGUCAAUUUUAUCAAGUCUUUUCACGUUUUUUUUUGCUACAAGAUAAAUAAAACCACAUUUUUAACAAAUUUAGUAAACUAAGUUUUAUUAAGUUUUAAAUUUCAAUUCAUUUUUUAAUGGAUAAUAAAUUUAUUAAGUAAACUCAAUAUUAAAUUAGUUUUUUUAUUCAUUUGCCUUGCUUGAAAUUUCCAUUGUUUAUACUUGAAACUCGUGAACCUCCCUUCACGCGAAGAUCGAAGUUACCGACACGGAGUGCACGUGCACACACUGCACACUUGUUGGUUAUACAUAAUUUUGAGGUUAGGUUAUCUUGAUAGCUUGAAUUACAAUUUGCAAUCGGAUCAUCGAUUGUGCAAAAUUUGAAGAAAGAGUAAUGUCGGCCGCGACACCCGAAUUAAAGAAUUGGAAAGAGCAUAACCGUAAACGGAAGGAGCUUCGGAAACAAUGGAGGGAAGAGAAAUUGGCGAAGAAAGCCAGAAAGGAGGAGCUGGAGAAAGAGUCGAAGAACGAGGCGCAAAAGCACGUAGUGGAAGAUGAUGUGAGGAACGAGCGAAAGAACAUUUGCACCGUAAGCAUAGCGGUACCUGGCUCGAUCCUCGAAAACGCGCAGUCCCCGGAGCUGCGUACCUACUUGGCGGGACAAAUCGCGCGCGCCGCGUGCAUCUACAAGGUGGACGAAAUCGUGGUGUUCGACGACAAGGGCGAGGUCACGGAGGACGAAAAGCGCAAGGUCAGACGGGACGACGUCCUGGGCGAGGGUAGGGCCGGAUGUCUACAGCUGGCCAGGAUACUGCAGUAUCUCGAGUGUCCGCAGUACCUGAGGAAGUAUUUCUUUCCGCUUCACAAAGACCUGCAGUACGCGGGCGUGCUGAACCCGCUGGACGCACCGCAUCAUCUAAGGCAGGAGGACGAGUGUCUAUACCGGGAGGGUAUAGUCACCAAUAAGCCCAUAAAGGUCGGCAGAGGCUCGCAAGUAAAUGUGGGACUGUUGAACGAGGUCCAUGUAGACAAAGUACUAAUGCCUGGGCUGAGGGUGACGGUAAAAAUACCAGCGGGACAGCCAAAUCGGAAGAAACUGAAGGCUAUCAUUGUAUCACCUAACGUGCCACGUGCAGAAACUGGUAUUUAUUGGGGUUACACUGUCAGAUUGGCAAAAAACUUGACAGAAGUGCUGACGAGCUGUCAAUACAAGGGAGGAUACGACUUGACGAUCGGUACGUCCGAUAAGGGAACGUCGAUCAACGAAAUAGAAACGAAGAGCUUGGAAUAUCACCAUUGUCUCAUAGUGUUUGGAGGUCUCGCAGGAUUGGAGGCUGCCCUGGAUGUAGAUCCAUAUUUAAACGUUGAUGAUCCAUCUCUCGUCUUUCACAAAUAUGUGAACACAUGCCCACAGCAGGGAUCACGGACAAUCAGGACGGAAGAAGCAAUUCUCCUGAGUUUAGCUGAAUUGAGAACUAAAUUAAUAGCUAAAGAAAUUAUCAUCAAAAACAGUUUAGAAAAAUAGCAGCAUGAAUGAUAGAAAUAACUAAAAUACAUUUUAGUUUUUUUUUUUUUUAAGUCAUCUUAAAUUUUAAUUGUCAAUGUAUUAAAAAUACAGAUCUUUGUACAUAUAUAUUUUCGUAUAUAUAAAAUUAUAUAAUUUAUCGCAGGAAUGCUUUGUACAUUUACAGUAUCCUCAAUUGUUGUUGCUAUGUUGAACGAUUGUGACCCAAAUAACAAUUUACAGUGUCUCUAAGA